CUAUUUUUCUACAUAUACUAUCUCAUCAAAAUUUAGAUCAAACUCUUUGUUUUGUUCAACAAAAACAAAAAAACUCUUUAUUUCUUUCAACAACUUCUUCUUCAACACCUUACACUCUAAACCAACACUACUUCUUAUUCUUAUUCUUAUUUUUUUACGACGAUGAUUACGGGUAAGGACAUCUACGAUGUUCUUGCCGCGAUCGUCCCAUUAUACGUCGCUAUGAUAUUAGCGUACGGGUCGGUCCGAUGGUGGAAAAUUUUCACCCCGGAUCAAUGUUCGGGGAUCAACCGAUUCGUGGCGGUUUUCGCGGUCCCGUUACUUUCUUUCCAUUUCAUUUCCUCGAAUGAUCCUUACGCGAUGAACUACCGUUUCAUCGCGGCGGAUUCGCUACAAAAAGUAGUAAUUCUCUCCGCUCUUAUUCUCUGGCAAACGUUCAGCAAACGCGGCAGUCUUGAAUGGAUGAUCACACUCUUCUCUCUAUCAACUCUCCCCAACACUCUCGUCAUGGGAAUUCCUCUCCUCAAAGCCAUGUACGGAGAUGCCUCAGGUACUCUCAUGGUCCAAAUUGUGGUGCUACAGAGUGUAAUUUGGUACACUUUAAUGCUCUUCAUGUUCGAAUAUAGAGGCGCGAAGCUACUCAUCUCCGAACAGUUUCCUGAAACCGCCGGCUCUAUAACCUCCUUCCGAGUCGACUCCGACGUCGUUUCCCUCAACGGACGGGAGCCCUUACAAGCCGACGCCGAGAUCGGAGACGACGGAAAGCUUCACGUGGUUGUUAAAAGAUCUAACACGUCAUCUUCCAUGGUUUCGUCUUUCAACAAGUCGUUAGCUUCCAUGACUCCAAGAGCUUCGAAUCUGACCGGAGUAGAGAUAUACUCAGUGCAAUCCUCGAGAGAACCAACGCCUAGGGCUUCAAGUUUUAACCAAACAGAUUUUUACACAAUGUUUGCUGCUAAAAGUGCGAGUCCGAAGCAUGGCUAUACGAACAGUUUUGGGGUCGGUGAUGUGUUCUCGUCGGUGCAAUCUUCGAAAGGGGCGACGCCGAGAGCGUCGAAUUUUGACGAGGAGACGGUGAUGAAGAGCAAGACUAGAGGCGGAGGAGGGAGAAGUAUGAGCGGUGAGUUGUUUAAUGGAUAUCCACCGCCGAAUCCCAUGUUUUCAGGGUCGACGAGCGGUGGAGCGAAGAAGAAGGAGAUGGGUAAUAAUAAUAUCAAUAAUAAAGACUUGCACAUGUUUGUUUGGAGUUCGAGUGCUUCUCCCGUUUCAGAAGGGAACCUUAGACAUGCAGUUAAUAGAGCUGCCUCCACUGACUUUGGGGCCGUUGACUCUUCUAAAAUUCCUCAACUUCAACAUGAGAAUCUUGCUUCAAAAGCUAUGCACAAACUAAAUGACAAUAUGAGUCCAAUUGGAAAAGUGAAUGGAGAAAAGGUGGACAUGGAAAAUGGAAUGAAGUUUGCAGAAAAUGGAUCAUCACCGUUCAGUUGCCAAAAGAAGAUGGACGGUGGAGAUGGAUCGAAGAAGCACCAAAUGCCACCAGCCAGUGUAAUGACUAGGCUCAUAUUAAUCAUGGUGUGGAGGAAGCUUAUAAGAAACCCUAAUACAUAUUCAAGCCUUAUUGGUGUUGUUUGGUCUCUUAUAUCAUUCAGGUGGAACAUCCGAAUGCCAACAAUUGUAAGCGGAUCUAUAUCAAUAUUAUCCGAUGCAGGCCUUGGGAUGGCUAUGUUCAGUCUAGGAUUGUUCAUGGCACUGCAACCAAAACUGAUAGCAUGUGGAAAAUCUGUAGCCACAUUUGCGAUGGCGGUGAGGUUUCUGACGGGUCCUGCUGUUAUUGCUGCUACCUCUAUUGCUAUUGGUCUUCGUGGCACACUUCUUCAUGUGGCUAUUGUUCAGGCAGCUCUUCCCCAAGGGAUUGUACCAUUUGUAUUUGCCAAGGAGUACAAUGUCCACCCUGACAUACUUAGCACAGGGGUUAUCUUUGGAAUGUUAAUUGCAUUACCGAUAACAAUACUUUAUUAUGUGCUGCUGGGGCUAUGACUCGAAGAAAAACAAGGGAACCAGACCUUCAAAUUAGUGUAAAUCAGAUCUGAGUCAAUUAGUUUAAUUUUGACCAUUGGAAUUGGCGCAGUGCACAGUCAUUGCUUAAUCAUAUGCAUGUGGCUGCCUUCAGCAAUUUUUAUUUAUUUUAAUCAAUGGGGAAAAAUAGAAAAUUAUGAGUAGUAGGUAGGGCAUUUUAGUUAUGUACCUCCUUUUUCUUAGUAGCAUUGUUUUAUUCCAAAAUUUACAUAGUUUAGACAAGAAGAUUUCCAUUUACUUC